UUCACCGUUGAGGAGGUCAAAGCUGCCGUGGAGAAGUUGGAGGCAAAGGGAGGGAUUGAGACGGGCUAUGACGUUGCGGCGAAUGAGAGCUAUAGUGUUUUUAGGAAAUUGAAGGAGGAGGGUGUCAUACCGAAAGAUGUAAAGUUCCAGGUUGGGAUCCCGUCAGUGGCAUCCACCAUCGGUCCCAUGAUCAACCACGCCUUUCAACCCGCCCUCGAACCACUCUACGAAGCCUCUCUCUUCCGCGCUCUUCAGAACAUUCAAGCCGCGAUCCCGCACGACCAACUUUCCAUCCAACUGGACCUAGCAGUCGACAUGGCAUUCUGGGAAGGCCAGUACUUGACGCCUUGGUUCGCUCAAGGCGAAGGAGUGGACGCAGUGAGGGAGUAUAUCGUAGCGUACGUCGGUAGGAUGAUGGCGCGCAUCGAGGAGGACGUAGAAUUAGGAGUGCAUUUCUGCUACGGCGACAUGGCCCAUAAACACUUCUACGAACCGACGGCCGAACAGACUGCACCUUCACGUGCCAUCACCUCCCUGCUCACCCACAUGCUCGUCUUUCCUCAUCGUAUUUCGUACAUCCACUUUCCCAUCCCCGUCUCCGCACAGACCUCCCUCCCCACCUUCCUCGCUCCUCUAACUGACAUCACUCCGACUUUGAUGGAAAAGGGGCUGGAGGUGUACCCUGGAGUCGUGCAGUUUGAUGAUGAGAAGGGUACGAGGGAGAGGAUUGCGGCUGUGACGAGAGCGUGUCCUGGGUUGAAGUUUGGAGUUGCGACGGAGUGUGGGUGGGGGAGGACGCCGGAGGAGCAGAUCGGUGGGAUCAUGAAAUUGUUGACGCGGUUG